CAAGAAAUGGCCUGAUUUCUAAUCCAGUGGUUUUCAAACUAGAUACUCCAGCUGAAGGUCAAGUAAGGAGAGAUUUAGACUGAUUAUUUGAUAUUCUUGGAUCCAUAAGCUUGCUUCAGUUAAAUAAAUGCUGAUCAAAUGUUGGACCGCAAAGGGGUAGUCAAAUAUGGAUGAACAUCUAGACAGAAAAUCACCUUUGUAAUUUUGUUCUGAUUGCUAUUGUGCCUUCUAGCGUUCAUUUGCGAUUCAGUGCGAUUCAGUGCGAUUACAGCGAUAUUUUGAUUUUUCUGGCAUCUCCCUGGUUUGAUAUAUUCUAUUCUUAUCGGAGCUAGUGGGGAUAGCCACAGACUACAGAGAGAGACCCCUUAGGGUUCCCCGGCCUUGUGCCGGCCCCUCUCCUCAAACCAUCAUGAUGGCAACUGGACAACAUCUUUUGAGAGGUUGCGAGAGUAUCAGGAGCAAGCCAGGGCUGCAGGAGCUGUUCCUCGCCCUGGACACAUUCAGGCCUGAAAACACCAAUUUUGAGGCCAUGAUUUCUUUUCAUGAACAUCACUGUAGAUAUUUUUUUGGGAAGAUCGAAGACCUGAAAGAUUUUCUGAUUUUUUACACCAUCGAGAUCAACGCAGAUGAGGAGAACAUCCCCAAUUAUUUAGUUAUGCUUAAUAAUCUGAGGAAACUGGAAGUACUCGAGGGGAUGUACUUUAUUGCAUGCCCUCUUGCAUCACCAACGACACAAGAAGGACAAAAAAUGCGCAGCCAGUAUGAGGCACUGGUAAUUCUUCAUACAGCAGUAAGAUCCAAGCUGGAAGAAUUAAUGCGCAGGAUUACAGAGAAAGAAGAGGAGUUGCAGCGACUUCCUGGAACCAGCACACAGGAGAUCAGAACAGCAGAGGAGAGUGCACAGGAGACACGGGGUGCAGAGGAGGAAGCAGUGGAGGAGACUCCUGCUGCAGAGGGAGAACGCCUGACCCUUAGAAGAAGGGUCAGGAAAGCCCUCAAAAGGCAGUUCCAGAGAAUUUGGCGUGCCACUAGAAGUCUUUUCAGGGGGGGAUGCUGUCACCAACCUCCCCCUGCUCCAUAGUAUAGUUGGGGUAAGUAUGUGUUUAUAGGGGUGGGUGGUUGGCUGUGUGUUUAGAAGGGUGGCUGUGCUUGUUAAGGGGUGAGUGGGUGUGAGUAUAAGGAGGUGGGUGGAUGCGU